AUGCAGAACUGCAUAUCAGGUGCUGGAAUUCCAGAUACCAGAUAUUUGUCAAGUCCUAAUUUUAUUUCAUUUACCUUACACUGUCUAACAUUUCUUGAAAUUCCCGUUCUAUCAUACGGUGCUUAUUGCAUUUUGUACAAAACUCCGAGCAGAAUGAAAUCUGUGAAGUUGCUCAUGUUAAACUUGCACUUUUGGAGUUGUUUGUCGGAUCUUGUGAUUAGUUUUGUUGGUCUACCAUACAUUUUACUGCCUGCGCCCGCUGGUUAUGGGCUUGGACUUCUGGAUUCUCCGCAAAUAUUGGUUUAUCUGAUGGUGACAUUUAUUGCGGCCCUGACCGCGUCAGUUCUAGCAAUUUACGAAAAUCGAUUUUACACUUUAUUCGCUCAGAAUUCAUGGUGGAAAAAAGUUCGUAAACCAUUUUUAUUUUCAAUCUACACUCUAGUACCUCUCAUAUUUCUACCUCCCUAUUUUGAUCUCCCGGAACAGGAAAGUGCUCGUCAGCUGGUGUUGAGCAAAAUCCCGUGCCAACCUCCAUUUGAUUUUAAGCAUCGGGAAAUUUACGUCCUGGCUCUGGAUUAUGAUGUUCCCGUCUAUUGCAUUGCAUUUGGGACAUUGGUGUUAGGUGUCUCAAUAACUGUUUUCGGCUGGCUGAUUUUUCAUAUGUUGUGGUUUGGCACACUGAGCUCAAGUAACUCUAUAAGAACUUUGAAUAUGCAACGCAGAUUUGCAAUUUCACUAACUAUACAGUCAACUUUUAUGAUUUCGGUGGUACUUACCCCGGUAUUGACAAUCCUAUGGAUCAUCUUCAAAUGGUACCACAACCAAAUGUUGAACAAUUUUAUUUUUAUCACAUUAUCCCUUCACGGAGUUGGAUCUACUAUUGUCAUGAUAUGUGUUCACAGGCCGUAUCGAGAGUUCACUUUCUCUAAAUUAUGUUAUUUUUCUAAAAAAUGGAGGGCGUCUGUUAUAGAGAAAAGGAGUGGCGGGACUCUUAAUGUUGUGUUGUAG